AUUUUGUAUGGUGAGAAACUACUAAAAUACGUAUUAUUAUUUUUGAAUGGAGGUGCGGGGUAUUCGAACCCGGUACCUCUCAGACACGAAGCGAAAGGAAGCUGCGAAAUCGAAACUCUGUAGCUCUCGACCCCUUUCGCGUUCAAGAUUUCGACUCAUCCCUUGGCCGUUGCAACAGAUGAAGAUCGUUCGCAGGGAUUAUGUUCGUAAUGGACCCGGAAGCGUUAAGAUGGUGGCUGAGGACUCGGAUGAUCUCUGGUAUGCUUAUAAUCUGAUUUCCACUGGCGAUAGUGUCAUGGCUGUCACUUUUAGAAAGGUUCAGAGAGAGGUACCUGGUGGGGGAAGAGACUCUGAACGUGUUAGACUGAAGCUGGAAGUACAAGUUGAGGAGGUGGACUAUGACAAAGAUGCGUCUGUUUUGCGCAUACGUGGGAAGAAUAUCCUGGAGAAUGAGCACGUCAAGAUUGGUGCCUUCCAUACUCUGGAGAUUGACCUGAAACGACCUUUUGUAUUGAGAAAGGCAUUUUGGGACUCAUUGGCUCUUGAUACACUCAAGCAGGCCUCAGAUUCGGCAGCCAGUGCUGAUCUAGCUGUAGUUCUAAUGCAAGAAGGACUUGGACAAAUAUUCCUCGUCGGCAGAAGCGUGACAAGUAGCCGUGCACGAAUAGAGACAUCAAUUCCUAGGAAGCAUGGACCUGCAAUUGCUGGUUACGAGUCUGCUUUGAAGAAAUUCUUUGAGAAUGUUCUGCAGGCCUUUGUGAAACAUGUUGACUUCAGUGUCGUUCGCUGUGCAGUGAUUGCAAGUCCCGGCUUUACAAAGGACCAGUUUCAUCGUCACUUAUUAUUGGAAGCAGAGAGAAGACAGUUGAGAGCUAUAAUCGAGAACAAAUCGCGUAUAAUUCUGGUGCACACAAACUCUGGAUAUAGACAUAGCCUGGGAGAGGUUCUAAAUGCUCCCAACGUGAUGAAUAUGAUCAAAGAUACUAAAGCAGCAAAAGAGGUCAAAGCUCUCAACGAUUUCUUCACCAUGCUUUCAAAUGAUCCAGCUCGGGCAUGCUAUGGACCAAAACAUGUAGAAGUUGCUCAUGAACGAAUGGCAGUCCAAACACUUCUCAUCACGGAUGAGCUUUUCAGGAACUCUGACGUAAAAACAAGAAAGAAGUAUGUGGAUUUAGUGGAGUCGGUGAAAGAUUAAGGAGGAGAGGCUUUUAUAUUUUCGUCCAUGCAUGUUUCAGGGGAACAGUUGACACAGCUUACUGGAAUUGCAGCUCUUCUCAGGUUCCCUUUACCAGACCUCGAAGACAUUGAGAUGUAAAAUAUAUCUUCUUCGGGUAUAGAAACCAUAGAAAGAUCAUAUACGUCUCACUACUUAUUAGCCUGUCUUUAUAGUUUUCAAGAGAGAUUUGUAUUGUGUGGUUCAAAAAGGCAACUCUUACAUUAAGUUCGAUCAGUCGUUGCUGUUGUGCAACGUUUAAGAAACACUAUACGUUGAGCCUUUGUGAGCAAUAAAACAUAUUUGUGGAGCACACAAUAUAUGAUACAACUAUAGUCAUUGCUAGACUAUGAUUUUC